AUGACUCAUUUUUGGCUCUUAUCUCACAUAGUUUUUCUUAUUAUUACCACAACUAUUUCUACGAAUAUUGGACUUCGAACUCAAAAAGGAAUAAUAUAUGGUAGACAAACUCAACAUUCAAUUGAAUAUUUAGGAAUUCAAUAUGCAAAAAUCAUUCGAUGGAAACCACCAAUAGAUCUUGCUUCAGAACUUGUUCCAAAUGGUUCAUUUCAUGCGACAUCAUUUGGUCCAUGUUGUCCACAACAAACUAGUCCAAUAUAUAUUCCUAAACAAGAUGAACAAUGUCUCUAUCUGAAUAUCUAUAAACCCAUAGUUUCAUCAAAUCAUUCAUUAUUACCCAUAUUUGUCUGGAUUCAUGGUGGUGGUCAUAGGAGAGGAUGUUCAUCACAAAGUAUUCCAUUGUUAUAUAAUGGUACAAAUAUGAUUGCUCAUUCUCCAACAGAUCAAUCAGUGAUUGUAAUCACAAUUAAUUAUCGACUAGGUGUAUUAGCAGAUAUGUAUUUAAAAGAAUUAAUUGAAGAAAAUCCGGAAUGGCCAACAGCUGGUAAUUAUAUGUACUUAGAUAUGUUAUCUGCAUUACGUUGGAUAAAGAAAAAUAUUCAAGAUUAUGGAGGCGAUCCGAAUAAUAUUGCUUUAUUUGGAGAAAGUGCUGGAGGACUUUCUGUUAUCGAUCUUGGUGCUGUCAAAGGAUCAAUGAAUCUUUAUCGAACAGCAAUAAGUCAAUCAGGUUUAGGUUCACCUGGUACAUAUUCAUCUUAUUAUAAUAUGAGUUAUGCUUUGAAUUAUUCGAAUUCAAUUGUUCAACAGUUAAAUUGUGCCAAUGAUGAUCAAAAUAAAGUACUUUUGUGUUUACGUAAUUCUUCAAUUGAACACUUAUUGACAACUUAUGGAAAUCGAUAUACAAGACCAAUAAUUGAUAAUUAUUUUUUUCCAAGAUAUCCUCCAUUAGCAAUUAAAAAUGGAAUGUAUAAUAAAGAUCUUAGUCUUAUUAUGGGUAAUAAUGAUGAUGAAAUAGCAGUGUGUUAUGCAUAUCCCGAUAUAAAUUUUAAUGAAACUGUUGCAUUAUUAUCUCAGUAUGUCGAAGAAAAAUGGAUCUCAAGAAUUGUGGAUUAUUUUCAUUUAAAGAAUUGUUCGUCUGAUCGAACUGCUGAUAUAAAUCGUUGUUGUGCUAUAACUCGUUUAAUACUCAUAGAUAAUCUUUUUGAUUGUAAUGUUCAUCGAUUAUACAAUGCCUUAUAUUUAAAAUAUGGCUUAGAAUCGACACAAAAUAAAUUAUUUUGGUAUCAUUUAAAUUGUCAUCCUGAGUGUGCUGUAAAACGUUAUAAGGGUAUAUGUGUACAUACAGCAGAAAUUCCAUAUGUAUUUGGAACUGUAAGUGAUUAUCUUUCAGUCGAACCAGUCAAUUGUACUUGGGAUAAUUCAUCACGAAUAUUUUCGAAUAAGAUCAUUUCAUAUUGGAUUAAAAUAGCUGCAACAGGAAGACCAUUCAGUCAAUGGCCAUAUUAUGUUCCAUUUACAAGAGAAUAUUUCUAUAUAACACCUGAUCAAGAUUUUACACCGAUGACAUUGAAUAGAAAUUGUUUGGUUUUUGAUCAAAUCGAAGAACAAGGAGUGAAGGAAAAAUUUGGAAAUAGUAGUCACACUUUUAAACAAACAUUUUUAAUUAUAAAAAUAUUUUUUCUGUAUUUCAUAUUUUUAUUUAAUGAAAAAGAAUGA